AUGAACUCACAGCAAUUCGAUCCGGCCGCCAUGAUCGGCUUGGCCGGUGCCUCGCCCGGAAGAACAGAGGACAAUUUCGACAUCUUCGAAUGGUAUCCGCUCUAUCAGAGCUGCCAGCGAUACUUCUUGGACCACGCACAACACAGCGUUCCCGUACAGGCACUUUCCGCAUUCUUGAACAUCCGAUUACCCUUUCAGCGACAACCCAACCCGACCUUCAACUCGAACCCAGUCUCCAGUCCAUCAUCGUCAUCCUCCGGCCCAACACCAGCUGGAGCACCGUUUGUCUCAUUGAUUCCUUAUAUCCGUCGACUAGUCGCAACAGGAAUGGAUUUUCCAGGGGUUCUGCACGGCUUUUUUGGAGAUGACUGGGGCACCGGCGUGGGACCAUUGCAUGAGCAGGAACGUCGCAACUACCUCUUUGCCGCCAAGGGCGGAGGCUGGGCAGAUGCGAAGAAAGAAUACGACAUGUCCCCACUGGAAACGAUCCCAUUCCUACGCCCGCUUCAAGGACCCUUGGAUGCCGAGAUCGAAGCUGCCGAGCGAAGCUGGAGCGAAUGGCUCGCCAUGGAAGACUGGAUGGUCGGACCGCGGGCACCAGAUCAUCUCCACGACUCGUCUUCGCAGAAUUCGCGACCUCGAAGCACACGCGGGUGA